CUAUAUCUCCAAAGCAGAAGACAAUGACUGUACCUAAAGAAAUAAUAAAAAAGAAGUAUCAGACACGAUCUUCUAUAAAUGAAAUAGUUGAUGCAGAUAUUGCUCAAAACAAAGCAAUUAAUAAUUUGGAUAUUCCUACCAACAUAACUAUGAAAAACCCAAGAAAUAAUAGUCAAAAUAAAAAUCAGAAAAAAAUUAUAAAAAAAACCAAGGACUUAAAUCCUACACUUCAACUAAAGAAAAUACAAGAUAGGCAAAUAAUUAUUGAUAGUAAUAGUGAUGAAAGUGAAUCAGAUUCAAGUG